CGUCCUCAAGGCUUUUCCAAUCUAUAUAUACACAUAAACUCUAAAACAAACCAUAUCCAACUCUGCUUCUUCUUCAUCUCCUUGUUGUUGUUGUUGUUGUUGUUGUUGUUGUUUUACAUAGCAAAUUAAGAAAGAAACAUGAGUUACUACAAUCAACAACAAGCACCUCCUCCUUCAUAUCCUCCUCCUGGACAGGCUUAUCCAGCACCAACGGAGGGGUACCCUACAUACGUUGCACCUCCUCCAGCAGGCUAUCCGACCAAAGACGAGGCCACUUACUCUCAAAACGCUCCCGCACAGACUCAGAGCCGUGGCGAUGGUGGUUUUUGGGAAGGAUGUUGUGCAGCCCUAUGUUGCUGCUGUCUCCUUGAUAUGUGCACCUGAUCAUACCCUGCUGGAUAAGGGAGGCCUCACAUUGUAUAAUUUACAUAUUUUAUUUGAACUUUCUCAUGCAUGGUUAGUGUUGUUUUAGGCUGUUAAUGUGUGAGGUUGGUCUGUAUUAAUAUUGAUUGUACUUUUUUUUUUUUUGUGUGUGUGAACAUGUUUUUCUUCCUUAUUUAAAUAAAAGUUUAAUAGUUUUA